CCAAGGUAGCUACGGAAGCCGUCGCGUUUGCGCAACCAGGUAGCUUCCUGAAAAUGGCCAGCUGGGGAAAGUUCGCCGCCCUGUUAAGGAACGUAGCGAGGAGCUCUCGACUCCUGAACACGUCCACAUCAUUCCGCGCUGUGGGUUCAGGUCUUCUCGGCUCUGUUAUUGGAAGCGGGAGCCUCUGGUUGUACUGCCGCCAUCAUGCUAACAGCAGGACGCUUCCCUUCGCUGUUCUGGCAGAGGAAGAAAGAUUGCAGGAACCUGCAGCUCCUCAUCUGUCUGCCAGAAAGAUCCGCUUCAUCCAGUUUGCCUCAGUAAUGUAUGACAUGGAGCCCUACAUGACCCCAAGAGACUUCCUGUUCUCGGUCAUGCUGGAACAAGUGGACAGAAAGCUCCAGAAGAGAAUCCUAACAGCACAGGACGUGGACAACAUGUUGGCGGCUGCCUCUAAAGCUCGUCCUGGCAGCGAUCUGUUCAGGAACCUGGGAGAUAAUGGUUUGAUUUCCUACACAGAGUAUCUCUUCCUGCUGACCAUCCUGACCAAGCCGCGUACAGGAUUCCACAUAGCUUUCCAAAUGCUGGACGUGGACGGCAAUGAGCAGGUGGACAAGAAAGAAUUUCUCAAGCUCAAGAACAUAAUUGGAAAGAGUAAACUGAAAGCUUCAAAGGACGUCACUGAGAAAGCAGCAGAGGAAGCGGAAGCUGUAAAUACAUCCCUGCAGGCGUACUUCUUUGGAAAGAAAGGAUACAACAAGCUGAAGUAUAAAGAGUUUCACAGAUUCAUGGAAGACCUCCAAGCUGAGGUGCAGGAGAUGGAGUUCCUGCAGUUCUCCAAAGGUAUGGACACAAUGAGACGGGAGGACUUUGCAGAGUGGUUGCUGCACUACACCAACGAAGAGGAUAACGAAGUCUACUGGGAAAACAUGAGGAAGAAGAUCCCUGCUGGUCAGAGCAUCACGUUUGAGGAGUUCAAAGCCUUCUGCCUGUUCACCAACAACCUGGAGGAUUUCGCCUUCUCUAUGAAGAUGGUGACCGAGGCCAACCGUCCGGUGGGAAUGUCCCAGUUUAAACGAGCGGUGAAGAUCGCCACAGGUCACGAGCUUUCCGAAAACGUUCUGGACACCGUGUUCAAACUCUUCGACAUGGAUGGAGACAACUGUCUGAGUCACAAGGAGUUCCUGGGAGUGAUGACAGACCGAGUACUGAGAGGCUUGAAGGUGCAGCAUCAAAGCGGCAUCUCUGGCUACUGGAAGUGUGUGAAGAGGGAGACCCUGAAGGGGGCUAAGGAGGCCCUGGGAGACAGCGGCUGCCCCAUCUGAUGCGCUCAUCUGUCCCAUCUGAUGUGCUCACCUGUCCACCAUUGCAGACAUCUCCCAUUUAUUAUACGACUAAACCAACUAAGCACAUUAUAUAUGAUGAAACACUGCCUGAAGCUUUGUGUCGGGAUGUUGACCAGCAUUUUACACUGAUUAUUGUUAUUUAGCCAUUUUUGCACUCAAUAAAAUCAAGUUUAAAUUUUCCAGUUUUUACGAAACUUGACCCUAAUCUCAGGACUGGAAAGAAACAUUUGUUAAAUUAAAAUUAAACAUUAGAGGUCUGGUAAUCGGAACGCUCUGAAUGGAGUCACAUGAUGAACCAUGGUGACCAGCGUUUCACAGUGAUAAAUAUUAUUCAGCCAUUUUUGCACUCAAUAAAAUCCAA